CCUGUACUUGGUGGUGAAUGGUUUUGAGAGAAAAUGAUCCAUUGUGUCUCUUUACUUCUCACUGGUGUGAUAAUGUCAAAGGUUGUGGGUUCAUGAUCAAUUCCUGCUAAGACUUGGUGAAGAGAUCUGCUAUGGAGAGAACAUAAGUAAAGAGUCUCUGUCACCAACAUGAGUUGGAGCUUUCUCACUCGACUAUUGGAGGAAAUCCACAACCACUCCACGUUUGUGGGGAAAGUUUGGCUGACUGUGUUAAUUAUUUUCCGGAUCGUUCUGACCGCAGUGGGAGGUGAGUCAAUCUACUCAGAUGAGCAAACAAAGUUCACCUGCAACACUAAGCAGCCUGGCUGUGACAACGUAUGCUACGAUUCCUUCGCCCCGCUGUCACACGUCCGGUUCUGGGUGUUCCAGAUCAUCAUGAUAUCCACUCCCUCCGUCAUGUAUCUGGGUUACGCCAUCCAUAAGAUCGCCCGUACCUCGGAGGAGGAGCGGUGCAAGAACCAGAUUUAUCAAAAGAGGAAUCGCCACAGUCGGUGGAGAAAUGGACACCACCUACAGGAGGUCUUGGAGGAAGAUGAUGCAGAGCCAAUGAUCUAUGAAGAAGACACGUUGGAUGAGCAGGAGAUCAAACCAGAGACAGACAAAGGUAAAAUCCAAGAUCAAAUGAAGCAUGAUGGCCGCCGUAGGAUCAUGCAAGAAGGCUUGAUGAGGAUGUAUGUGCUUCAGCUUUUAUCCCGUGCCAUCUUUGAGGUAGGGUUCCUCAUGGGUCAAUAUCUCCUUUACGGCUUCCGUGUUAACCCUUCGUAUGUCUGCAACAAGAUCCCAUGCCCGCACAGAGUAGACUGCUUCGUCUCACGACCCACCGAGAAGACCAUCUUUUUACUCAUCAUGUAUGUGGUGAGCUGUCUUUGUCUGCUGCUCAAUGUUUGUGAGAUGUUCCACUUGGGGAUUGGUGCCUUCCGUGACACUCUUCGCAAACGUCGAAGCCAUGGUCAACAACCUCCAUACGGCUACCCUUACUCCAGGAACAUUUCUAAUUCUCCACCAGGAUACAACCUGGUGGUUAAAUCUGACAAACCAGGUCGCAUUCCCAACAGCAUCAUCCUACAGGACCAGAACAUGCCCAGAGUGCUGCCUGAACAGCAUUGCACAAGUCCUGAUGAGAAUAUUCCCUCUGACCUGGCUACACUGCACCAUCAUUUACGAGUAGCUCAGGAACAACUUGACAUGGCGUUUCAGACAUAUAACACAAAAAACACUCAGAUCUCCAGAGCUAGCAGCCCUGUGUCUGGUGGCACAAUGACAGAGCAGAACCGGGUCAAUACAGCGCAGGAGAAACAGGGAGCACGACCGAAAGACAGCACUGAGAGGGCAGGGACAAUAGCAAAAAAUGGAAAGACUUCUGUGUGGAUUUAACUCUUAUCUGACUAGUCAUGAACCAUUAUCCUCCAAAACAUGUUUAGUUAGUGAGGGCAUGACUGAACUCAUUAUGUACCCAAGUUUUGUUGAACAUUAAACAAAACUGAAGAAUAAAUAUAUUAUAGAAGGGUAGUAUUCAUUUAUGAAACUCUUUAAAUUGCUUAACUGUGUUCUCCCUUCCUCAGAAUAAUGACUUAUGUGCUUCUGUACGUAUGUUGCAUAUAUUAAGUGUGACUUUUCUCUAAAUUCCAAUGCAUGCAAGUGUAUUGACCUUAUUGGAAGUCUGUCAAACAGUUUAGUCUUUAAUGGAUCAUUGAUUUAACUAUAAGGUCUCCUCUUUUGUUCUCCUAUUAUUCUUAGGCUAUGUUCACAUGACAACGAUGUAGUCAAAAACGGAAAAGUUUUUCCCUUGUGUUUUUAAAAAGUUUCACGUAUACACAACAACGUUUUCGAAACGAUUCGCGUUUACCCAUAUACGCGAAAGUGGCCAAAGACGCUGUAUUACGUAUGCCAGGCCAGUAGUUGGUGCUCUCACCUUGUAAGUAAACAGUACCUGUAGGGAAGUGACGAUAAUAUGAUGUAUAUGAUGCGUCUCUGCUGUUGGUUGCAGG